AUGUGUAACUUUGUGAGCGCAAUCAUCACCAGAGCGCUUUUCAUCCUGGCGGCUCUCUACAUGAUCUUUGAGGUCGCAAAAAAGAUGCAAGACGCCAACUUCUGGUACCUGACUUUCCUCUUCCUGCCACUGGUUGCUGAAAUGAUAGUAACUCUGAAGAAUCGAAAGGGAAAGGAUUACAAAUGGUUUUCUCCACCUAUCUUCCUCUUCCUCGUCAGUAUCAUUCCCUCCUUCUGGAUUCUGGAGCUCUACCACCAGAAGGAGACAGUCGAGGUACUGCGGACCAGAUACAAGGAAGAAAAGCUGACUCAGCAUGUAGCUGCUCAAAACAACUUGCUUCCCAAAAUAAGGCUGUCUGUCUACUCCCUGUCUCUCCAGAGCUAUGACAGGAUGUUGUCAUUCUGUUAUAAAGACGAGUCCCUGGCUGAUUAUCAGGUCCUCCUCGUCCUCCUCAUCUUGGGAAAGUGGCUCCUCCCGCUGGGAGGCGGCAUCACCAAGGAGGAACUCUCCCAACUGCUUCUGAAUUUUGUGGGCACGGCAGCGGACAUCCUGGAGUACCUCAGUGAGACGCUGCCAGACGCCAAGGAAUUCAUCCCUGAGAUGAUCUACACUAUUUUAGCAGUGUGGACCUGGAGCAUGCUGCAGUUUCCUCUACAUCUGUCCGUGGUAAACUCCAAGGCGGACAGUGAGAAGGAGGACGAGGACAGUCCGGAUGUCUCUCUGUGGUCCAAACACAGUACAGACAUAUGGAGCAUCAUGGAGGCCUUGUUCAUCCAGAAUGGACCUUUUCUAGUCAUCAGGAUCAUCGUCAUGAUCUACUCCAAAUCCGUUAACGAGAUGACGAUUUUCUUUGCCAUCAAGAACUUCCUGGUGGUCAUACUGAGCUUAUACAGACUGAUUAUUAUUUGCUACAACUUCAGACAGUCCCGCCGUGUCGCUGAGACAGACAGCAAAGUUCCCUGA